AUGAAUCAAUCUAUAGAAUUAAGCCUCCAAGAACCUUCUCCCAUUAACCCUUACAGCCUUUUGCUUGACGCUUUCACUUUCAUACCACUUUGGCACUACUUGGUAAUCUUUCUCUUCAUUUGCUUUGUGUUUCUCUACUACCACUUGGACUUCCAUUUCUUCCAAGACGUGUUCGCCGGAUUUAAAGGUUGUCCUGUAACCUUGACCUACAACUCCAACUCCCAUAUCUACCAUAAUGUAGUCUCCAAGUGCCGGGUACUCCACUCCCGAUACUUGGCUACAUCGUGGCUUGCAAGUCCUCAUUUGCAGAAUUUCUUUCUAACUUUCUUAGGGAACCCACCGGAUGUCACCUACCAAAGAGAACUAUUUUGUCUAGCCGAUGGUGGUACUAUAGCUUUGGAUUGGGUAGUAAACUCUAUGCCUAGAGAUGAUGCGUCUCCAAUUUUAAUGGUGCUUCCAGGACUAACCAGUGAUUCUAACUCUUCUUACAUUAGACACCUUACCUGCAACACAUCUAAGUUGUUGGGCUGGAAUGUAGUUGUUAGCAACCACAGAGGACUUGGUGGAGUUCCAAUCACUUCAGACUUCAUUUACACUUGUGGAUGGACUAAUGAUGUACGUGAAGUCACUAAUCAUCUUCAUCAUAGACAUCCUAACGCUCCAUUGUUCAUAGUCGGAACAAGCAUAGGUGCCAACAUAUUGGUCAAGUAUCUAGGGGAAGAUGGAGAAAAUGUUCCCGUUUCUGGUGCUGCAGCCAUUUGUUGUCCUUGGGAUUUUCUUGUUGGUGAUAGAUUCAUAAGACGCACUCUUCUGCAAAGGUUAUACGAUAAAGCUCUAACGCUUGGCCUUCAAUGGUAUUCAGAACAACACAGACAUUCCUAUUCCCGCCUCUCUGAUUGGGAAGGCAAGAUGCAUAGUAUUAGGCAUUACCACAAGACAUGCGAUGUGGGUAAGUUUGAGACUGUGGAUGCAUUUUACAGGCGCAAUAGUAGUGCCAUUUACGUAUGUAACGUUUCUGUGCCACUGCUUUGCAUCAACGCUUUGGAUGAUCCACUUUGUACCGCAGAAGCCAUUCCAUGGGACGAGUGUAGAGAAAAUGUGAAUGUUGUGUUGGCUACAACAACGCAUGGGAGUCACUUGGCUUACUUUGAACGUAUUACUGCUUCAGGGAUUUGGUGGGUGAGAGCAGUGGAUGAGUUCUUUAGUGUUCUGAAUUGUAGUGAGUUUAAGCAUAAGCAAAAGGAUUUAGGGGCAGAAUCUACAUUGGACUCUACGCUUGAUCAUGAUCAUUCAUCGCCUAAUUUGAUGGUUGCAUUAGUGAAGGUGGUUGCAUUAGUGAAGCUGGUUGCAUUGGUUAAAGCAGGGUUUAGGAAAUGGGGAUUUUUGGCCUAA